CAACUCACUUUAGGGGCUACACCAGAGACGUUGACAGCUUGCACGUCUCAUUCAUAUAUUUUCAGCAAGGAAACGCCUAUCUGUUGAUGGUAUCUUUGGUUUGUAACACUGAUCCUAUUGCAGCUGAUUUAAGGCGACUGCGCAGAGCUACACAGCCGCAGCAGCAAAGGAGUCUACACAGCCACCAUGGUGAACACACAGAAAGCCCAACUCAAGAUCUCUACUGUCAACAGAGGAAUUAUGUCUUCAACAUGAGGUUUUUAUAAAUACAAACUGUAUGAUCAGUCGGGACGAUCCGGGACGACUUUCAGCGUUCGGACUGAAAGGCAGUUGCGUUGCGCGUGCGAGCCAAAAACUAGGCAACCGUGAACACUUGUAUUCUUGUUUCGUACGGAGAAAAAACCCUCAUGAUGAAAUUUAAGCCCAAUCAGACCAGGACUUACGACGGAGAGGGGUUCAAAAAACGGGCAGCCUGUCUUUGUUUCAAGAACGAGCGCGAGGACGAGGUCUUGCUUGUUAGCAGCAGUCGGCAUCCAGACCAGUGGAUCGUUCCAGGAGGAGGAAUGGAGCCAGAAGAGGAGCCAGGAGGAGCUGCAGUUCGAGAGGUCUAUGAGGAGGCUGGUGUGAAGGGCAACCUUGGCAGGCUGCUGGGAAUAUUUGAGCAGAACCGAGACAGCAAGCAUCGGACAUAUGUGUAUGUGCUUACGGUUACAGAGACGCUGGAAGACUGGGAAGACUCGGUUAAUAUUGGUCGGAAAAGAAAAUGGUUCAAGGUUGAUGAAGCCAUCCGGGUGUUACAGUGCCAUAAACCUGUCCAUGCAGAAUACCUCCGCAAACUCACUCCUCGCUGCGGCCCCACAAACGGCAACUCUCAGGAGCCUAUGAACACCGACGACAACGCCCCCCUACACCAAACAACCUCACAAGACUGUGGACUGACCCGUUUACACAGAUAAAACUGCCAACAGACAACACACCAGAAAGUACUUUAUAAGGGAAACGAAUCUAGGCCUGGAAAAGACAAUUUGUGCAUGCAAAAUUUCAAUGUUUACUCUUUGAACCUUUUUUAAGUGUAGAAACCAAAGUUUUGAUACCCCCGUUUCUUGUCAAGUAAUUAAGAUCGAGCCGUUUUUCGCAUUUCACAUUUCUAAACAAACAUUUCAAGCCAAACAAGGUGCAGUUGGAGUAUAUAAAGUAGCAUGAUUUCAAGUAUUAAGUUCAAAGAUGACGAAAUGUAAUAAUGAACGUUUUGGAGAUGUUAUAUGACAGAUUUUAUGACAGUGAUGGAUUUGUGCAAGGUUAUUUUGCCAAGCUUUUGAAGUUGUAAGUUGUUCAGAAGGGAUAAUUGUGGUGGAUCUUUAAGAGUGCUGUCUAUUUAUACCUCAUUGAUAACUGGACCUAGAUGUUAGGUAUUUGGUAAAGUAAAAAGUCUGCACAACAUCAUACAGAACCAAAAUAAAGAAGUCAUUUACUUAAGAUUAAGAUUUAUAAAGUAUGUACAUAGUUCAUAAAUAGAACUUGGGCUGCGUUUUGAUUAUAUUUAAUGCCUUCAUCACAGAUAUCUACCUGUAAUAUAGGUUUAACAUGCUGUGAUGUUUGAUGGUCUUUUGAUGGUCACAGUUUGGUCUUAAAUGUGAAUUUGCCACAUUGAACUGUGCAAUCUGGUUACCCUGCUUUCUCUUUGCAAAUAGGUGCUAAAAUGAAUCCCCUGUACACUUUAAAAACAAACUGUGCUAAAUAAAAGUGGUUCACUGGCUCGUAAUCAUAGGGGAACCAUUUUAAGUGCCAUAUGUCACCCGUGUAUAACCAUAUUGUGCUAUGUAGAACCAUAUGUGGUGCUAUAUCACCCCCGUAUGGUUCUUCAUAGGUGCUAUAUAGCACUAAAAAUGGUUCCCCUAUGAUUACAAGCUUGUAGUGCUAUUUAGCACCAAUUUUUUUUUAGUGUGUAAGGCAGAAUAACGUCAUGUGGCCAUGUCACUUCUGAACCACUUUAUCUUCUGAAGCCGUGAUGAGAACAAUGAAAUAAAAAUAACUGCAUGGCGUGGUUGAUCCAUGGAAGACUUUGAAAUGUCAUUUUGUUAAUAUUUUUUUAAAAGAUAUUCUGAAUAUUUCAGAAAAGACAAAGCCCCCGGUUAUAACCAUUACACAUUAUGUCAAUCAAAGCAGGUAGACAUAUACAUACUGAUGUUUUCUUUUCAUUUUUCACAAAGUGUUUUCUGAAAUAAAGGAAACAAAAUGCAGUAAACAUGUAUUGCAA